GAUAAACUAUAAUGACCGAUAACGCUAUUUGAAAUAGCACGGUACAAAUGGCGAGCGUUGGUCGAGCUACGAACACGAGGUAUUCCAGCAAAGCCCCGCCUCCGUUAGAUGUAGGCAGCAACAACACUUCAACUCCAACGCAAAGCGCUAGAAUGCGCGUCGGGCCCUUUUACUCGGGUUUACGGGGGCAAGUCUGCCCGGAGUCGGAGUUGUCUAGCCCUGAAGCUGCGUUGGCGCCCGCGGACGACGACUUUGUGGCGCUAUCGCCGGUUUCAUCGACGGGUCCUAGCGGCUGGAGCAGCCUUCCUGCGCAUUUGCUUGAGGUUGUGUUCGCCAACCUUCGGGACUCCUCUACCGGGCGAUGGCCGUCGAGGAAGGUGCUGUUCGGCAUCUGUGGUGUGUGCCGGCUCUGGCGCCGCGUGGGCCACACCAUGUUCUUCUCCAACGUGUGGGGCAGCCACACCGACAUGAUCGUGCACCCCACGCAGCUGUUCACGCUGAGCCCGCAGCCGCGGCUGCACACCAGCGACAACCUGCUGCGCUGCUUCGUGCACCGCACGCCGCACCCGCCCGCCGGGCUGGGGCUGGGCCUGGCGCCGCGGCUGGGGCGCGGCUGGCGCUUCACCCUCUACCUGGGCUCAGACCACAGGGGCGUGGUGCACGGCGGCGGCAGCGGCGGCGGCCCAGGCGGCAGCUACGGCGGCGGCGGUGGCGGCGGCGGCGGCGGCAUUGGUAGCAGUAUUGGCGGCGGCGGCGGCGGCGGGUCGGCGGCUGGUCAGCAGCCGCAGAUGCUCAUGUCAGCGGUACAGACCAGCCGGCGGUGCUAUCAGCUCAUGCUGUGCAGGCCGGGCCCGGGUCCGGGGGCGGGGGCCGCGGGGCACUGGCAUGGGCAGGUCUGGGCGCGGCAGCAGCAGCACCAGCAGCAGCAUGCGCACGCAAGCAGCCCGGGCGGCGGAGCGGUUGAAGGGAAGGGCUCGCGCGGCGGAGCGGGAGGCGGGCACCGGGUAGGAAGCAGCAGCAGCGGCGGCGGCGGCGGCGGCGGCGGUGGGUCGGGCGUGGUGGCGACGCUUCGCAGCAACAUCCGCUGCAGUCACUACGAGCUUCUUCCGGAGUCGAGCUGCCCCUGGGCGCGGCGGCUGAUCAGUGUGGCUGGCUACCCGGUCAGCAGCCCGCCCAGCCCGCUGAUUGCGUUGGAGUAUCGGCUGCGGGUGCGCGGCAUCAUGCUGCCGCGCCGCAUGAAGGUGCAGGUGCCGGUGCCGCACUCGCUGCAGCGGGUCGUGCACAACCCCCUGUACGACAUGGCCGACACGGGCGGCGGCGGCGGCGGCAUGGGGCUGGAGGACCCGUACGGCGGCGUGUUUGGGGUGGGCGGCGAGUACGGCGGCGGCGGCAUGGGGCUGGGGUACGGAGGGGUUGGAGGGGUGGGAGCAGGAGGCGGCGUGUGGCCGGCGGUGUUUGCGGCGGGUGCUGGUGGAGCGGCGGGAGCUGGUGCUGGUGCGGGGGCGGCGGCGGUGAUGGCGCCGCCGCCGGGAGGUGGAGCGGCGGCGGGCGGCGGGGGAGCGGGUGCGGCGGUGGUGGGCGACGGCGGUGCGGCGGGUGAGGGCCUGAUGGACAACCUGGAGGACAUACUGGAAGGGGCGGUGCGGGCGGAGCCGCUGCUCUUUGCCAACAUGGUGGACGCGGCGGCGGUGCGCCCUGCGGACGAGGACGACGGCCCGCCGGCAGCGCAAGCCGGCGCCGGUGGCGGCGCGGCCGGCGGCGCUGGCGGCCACGGCGGCGGCGGCGGCCGGGGGCCCUCCCUCCGCCGCGCGCGCAGUGGCGGCAACACCUCAUGGGGCCUGGGCACCAUCCUGCGCCGCGGCUUUCUGCUUCGGCGGCCCACGUUUGGUGGCGGGGGUGCGGGCGGCGCGGGCAGCAUUCAGUGGUGGGGCCCUGGCUCGCCAGCGGCAGGGCGGCAGGGCACAGGGAUGGAGGAGGUCGGCGGCACCGUCGGCCGCGACUUGGGCUGGGCGGCUGCCAUCCCGCCGCCGGUGCCGUCGGUGCGGCUGCAGAACAAGGCGCCGCACUGGAACGAGGCGCUCAUGUGCUGGUGCCUGAACUUCCGCGGCCGCGUCAAGAUGGCAUCGGUCAAGAACUUCCAGCUCAUGUGCUCGGCGGACGGCGCCGGCCGCUGCGUCAUGCAGUUCGGCAAGGUGGAGGACGGCGUCUACAUCCUGGAUUUCAACCCCUGUGUGCUCACGGCCGCCCAGGCCUUCGCCGCGGCGCUGUCCACCUUUGAAACCAAGUACCUUCUGUGAGCAGCGGCAGCGGAGGAGAGGCGGCGCCAGCAGCAGCAGGCGCAGCAGCAGCCGCGAGAGGAGGCAGGGGUGGAGGGAGGAGGGAGCAGUGGCGUGCAAGCAUCCGAGCAACGUGGCACGUGUAUUCUACGGUCGUCGGAGGGUCCACGCGCAGGCUGGGGCGGCAGGCGGCAGAGCACGCAGUAGCAAGGGCGUUGAGUGCAUGGCCGAUGGCCGGGGUUGCACGAUGAUAGGUCUGCGAGUGAGUUGUACAACAAGUUGGCCGGGCGUGAGGCGGAGGGGCGUGUGGAUCGGCAGGAGCAUCGCUGUUGGAUAGCGCCAAGAACGCGCCUGAGUAGGGCUGUGGGAUACGGCGCGAGCCGUAGUAUGUUUUAUCACAUUACAAGAGGGGAAUAUUGCAUGACCGCUCCAACAUGUUGCGUGGGGCUGUAUAAUCCUGCCGUUGGCCUUAGUGAACGGCAAGGGCUUUGAACCGUACAUACACAGAUAAUGGUGGGGUUUCAGUAUAAGUUCAUUACUAUUAUUACGUUUCGCUACCGCGGCACACCUACGGCCGCAGGAGUGGGUCCGCUAAUGCAUUAGCAUAAUGGCGCAGGGCUCUCGAGGCUGGCCACUGACCAGAAGACGACUUGUGUGGACUGUUUGUUGCUUGUACGUGCAUUCGGUGUGCUGUGAUGUAUUGACGUGAGUGUGGAUGCGUGGUUGGUUGACUGGGAUUUGCUUCGGGGGGUUUACGCGGCAUGGCCGAGCGGGGCAGGUGCACGUGACGACGGGUGAGCGGGCCUGGUUCGGUCAGGCCCCGGGAGACGGUGGAAGUCGUGAGGCGCCGCUGGCAGCUGGUUUGCGCACCAGCAUACGGUGCCCGCCAGUGAGUAAGCAGUCCGCACGGUACGCUUGUUGGUGCAGGGGGGUUGAACGAUGUUGCACACGCGGUGGUGCAAGGGUUCGGUUGAUGAACUGCGGCUGUCAGAUGGAGUUGCGGCAUCCUCAUGUGAUUGCAGGUGUUGUCGGGGCAGCGCUGGGCGUACCCGCGUGAUGCAAACACACACACACUUGUAUGACUUGUUGAUGUCGAAUGCCUCAGC